AUGCGCUUCGUCCUGUAUUUUUAUACUUUGGCCAGCGUCUUCACAUUGGGUGCUUGCUUGAGGGGGGACUCGUGCUGGGACAACUCGGAUUGCCGAGGAGCCGGAGCUUUUUUUUGUGACGCCACGACUCGACGCUGCCUACAAAUCGAGAUCCUCGAGCCGGGUUAUUAUUGCGUUGUGGAACCAAGGCGACGAUGCAACUAUUGCGUGCAGUUUGUCGCGAAAAAUAUGACCUGGGUGGACGCGCAGAAAAACUGCAAAUCAUUGAAGGGACAACUAAUUCAGCUUGCCAGCCCUGCGAGUGCUCAGGCUCUGCGCAAGGUUUUUCCAGGAAGCAACCCGGCCUGGGUGGGCAUUGUGGGCCUGCCUAGCGGUGCGAUGCAAUGGACAAACGGGACGGAGUGCACCUUUGUACACCUGUCCCCCGAUUUGGCGCUUGGAAAUGGGCAGGCGUCGCUGGAUCCCCUCCACGAGGCCGUCACAAAAUGCGCAUCAAAAUUGAAGCCGCCGAAGACGCAGGGUUUUGACUGCGCCUACGGACUCGCGGUCUACAAAUGCUUCUUGACGCCCCUGAAAAAGCAAACGCCGACCCCCAAGCCGGAUCAAUUAGCAUUCACACAACUGAUGAGAAUGAACGCGUACGCCUAUCCAGAAAUCGGGAAAGACAAGGCCUGUCUGGCAAAGUGGAAGAAGGCCUUCUUCCCGAAAGCCGCGCCAAAAUUCAACAAGGAGAUGCCGUACGUAGCUACCACGAUGGAUAUGAUGCACGGUUCUGAGUCGAAAUACUCCGACUUGUACAUGGCCGCCGCUACCAAGACUUACCCGUCGAUUUGCCAGAUAGAUAUGAAA